UGUUCAGAGGAUCGGCUCUACUAUGCGGAGUAAGAAAAUGACGUUGGGAGAAUCCGUGGCUCGUCUCGUCUUUCUCCUGGCGCUCUGCGAUGCUCACCGAUUCUUAACUCAGAACAGGGCCUCCCAGUUUCUGUCUCGCCACCGCAGGGCCAACUCUAUGUUAGAGGAGAGUAAGAAAGGUAACCUGGAGAGAGAAUGUAUCGAGGAGCUGUGCAACAAGGAGGAGGCACGGGAGAUCUUCGAGAACCACCCAGAGACGGUGAGUGGCUCCUGAGGGCCCCUGGCACACUGGUUACAAGAUGACCAUGUCAGGAGGGACCUGGGGAGAGGGUAGUCACUAGAUGGCCAUGUCAGGAGGGACCUGGGGAGAGGGU